GUGGCAAACGGACGUCAAGUUUACAUUCCCUCUUAAAAUAAAAAAAUGAUUACCCAAAAGUGUCGGAAGUUAUUCGCUGUAUUCUUUAUAGUUGUGCAAAUAUGUGCUGUGAGCUCACAAUCAACUGUUGACGAUUUUAUUUCAACUACUAAUUUACCAAACGAAGACGAGUUGGUCAAAGAACCGGAACAGAAGGAGAAUUCACUAUCAAUUAUAUUAAGUGAAAUACAAAAAAUUCAGUCGAAUACCGCAAAUAUCGAAUUGAAAUUGAAGAAAAACGACGAGAUAAUCGCUAGACAAAAUGCUGAGUUGGAAAAUAAGUUGAGACUGUUGAAAAUGCAAGUAAAAGAAGUCAAUAAAGCUAAUGAACAACUUAUCGAUUACAAAAACCAAAUACCGGCGUUAAAUGCUACGAUCAACAUACAAAAUGAAGAAAUAUCAAAGUUGGAGACGCAAAUCAAUGAGAAUUCUAAUGAAAGGAUGGAAACUGAGACGGAACACAAUAGUAAAAUAUCAGAUCUGACAAAUAGACUAGAUGAAUGUCAACGAGAACUCGAGGAAAAAUCAGAACUGACCGAGAGACUAUAUAACUGUGAAACCAAGUAUAAUGACGUAUCGUAUAAACUUACGGACUCGGAGGAAUAUCUAGAAUACACAAAAUCAAAGCUGAGAGAAUGCAGGACCACAAAUGGCAAAAACUAUACAGAAACAGAGAAUGAGGAGACUCCUAAGCCUUUGGCUGAAAGUCUUCCAAGCUUUUGCUUAAACUUGACUGCUGGUAUUCACAAGAUACAAAUUCCAAAGGGACGUGUUUCAGAUGUUGUUUGUGAUGGUGAUGGUUGGAUGAUCAUUCAGCGUCGAAUUAAUGGAAAUGUCGACUUUAAUAGAAACUGGCAAGAAUACAAGGAUGGAUUUGGUGACUUGAAUGACGAGUUUUGGUUUGGAUUGGAUAAACUGCAUCUGGUUACAAGUUCUGCACCUCACGAGUUGAUCAUUUUGAUAAAUCGUGAAGCUGUAGGUUCUUAUAACUUUAGGAUUGGAGGUGCAGGGGAAAUGUACAAAUUGUACAAAAUUCGAAACAAUGCAGAUUUCGCAGAUAAAUACUCAUUCUUCAAAAAUGAUGAAGAAAUAUUUACAACAUACGAUGAAAAUAACGGUCCAGGAGAUGAUGAUACAAAUUGCGCUAAUUAUGCCUAUGGUGGCUGGUGGUAUUCAAAUGUAUGCGAGAUCAAUCCAAACACGCAUUAUGAUUAUUUAAACCGUUUAGUCGGUAGCGAUGAAUACGGUAUACAUCAAAUAACCAUGAUGAUUCGUCCAUCCACUGAUAGAUAUUAAAACAUCUACAACUCCAAGCUUUACAAUAUUCAUUCAUUUUUACGUACAAUUUCAGUCUUCAU